AUGUUCUGGGGAAAGGGACCCGACAAGGACAAGAAGCCGGAAGAGAAAGCUCCAGAAACCCCCGCAGCUCCGGCGACGAACAUCGAUCCCCGGAAGGAUGCCACGCAGUUCGACCCCGACAGACUGCCGGCGAGGCGAAGUCUACCAAAGGGCAUGCAGAGCAUCGUCGACAAGUCUGACAAGGACGAAAACUUCUUCGACGAGCUGGUAGACGGCUAUGUCCCCGAUUCCACCGAGUCCAACCUCCGAUAUGCCGCCUACACGAACCGACUGCGGACUGUCAUGCUGUCGGCCCAGCGCUACGUGGCGUACACCUCAGACAUCGGAGAGUCGUUCAGACCGGUCGCCCAUCCGUGGCUGAUUCGGGGAGCGUACGGAAUAUCUUGGGCCUACAUCCUGGGUGAUGUAUCGUACGAAGGCUACAAGGCGUACUGGCACAACCAGCGUAUCAUGAACCCACACGUCGAGCUGUCGGAGAAGGCGCAGAAGAUGACUGGCUUGACGGCACCGGCACCAGCAGAUGCCAAACCCGGCGCUGUGUCGCCGUUGGAGGACUACCGCACCGUGAUGGUGCAGCGCGGUCUCUUUCAGAGCAUUGCGAGUAUGGGAUUGCCCGCGUUCACGAUCCACAGCGUGGUGCGAUACUCUGGAAGAGCUUUGAAGGACGCAAAGAACAAGACCCUGCGCACAUGGGGCCCGAUCGGACUUGGGCUGGCUGUCGUGCCGUUCCUACCAACGCUGUUCGAUAAGCCAGUCGAGAAUGCCGUUGAGUGGGUAUUCCACACAGCGUUCUCGUCGUACGGUGGCAAGGCACUUGUUGGAGAUUCGCCGACUAUAGGACGAGAGGCAGCCCUACACCAAAAGCCGAAGAAAGAACCGAAGGAGAAGGAGAAGGAGUUGUAA